AUGGAGGAGUUGAGCAGAGCAGAAGAGGAGGAUGAGCUCCCCAUGUACCAAGAGCAUUACAAUGCUCUCUUCUCCAUGGACUUCAUGGAGACCAAGUACCCACAUGUUGACACAAUGAAGGCCCUUGGAAUCUUUGAGGAUGUGGAGUUGGUUCUCAAGAACAUGCACUUGGCCAAGCUCUUCUCUUAUCACAUGGAAUCCUACAAGGAGCUCACUUGCGAGUUCUUAGCUUCAAUGAGCUUGGAAAUCUUGUUUGGGUUCAACUAUGGAGAAGGUACCAAGUGGAACUUCAAGGAAAAGGAACUCCAAAGAGUUUGGGCUACAAUCGCUGAUGGAGUGUACUCUUCCUCAAGGUCCAAGGCAGCUCAGAUCAGGAGCCCAGUCUUGAGGUAUGUGCACAAGGCACUUGCCAACACCUUCUUUGCAAGGAAGGCGACCGGGACAAUCAACGAGGGGGAACUCAAGUUUCUUGACAUGGGAAUCAAGCCCAUUCUCUCACGCACAAGCGAUGGCAAGAGGAUCAAGGGGAGAUAG